UCACACCACAGGUUGAUCGCCUACCGGCUCGGACGUGGCAGCCACAGUACAGCAGCUACCGCCGCAACGCAGCAACGCCGAACACCGCCCGGCCACUGGCCCGUGGACACGUGCCGUCGCUGCAGCAACAGGUGCCGUUACCCUCCGGCCACUCCCUCCGGUGUCUGCAGAUCGGCGCAGGAUCCUCGCGGACACCACUCGCGCUGCAGAAGCGCCGCACGGGACUGUUACCGGCGACGCACCGCAGACGUGCCGCGUGACCUUUGGCGUGCACAGCCAGCUUGCGACACAUCCGCGCUCGCCCGCUCUACGGAACGCCCACCUAUGCAGGCCGAACCGUGACCGGGGACAGCCAGUCAGUGUGAGUAGUCGCGCUGUCCCGGCCCCACACCUGGCCGGCUCUGCACUCCCUCGGGUCCUACGCUCAGCUUCCUCAGGACCGCUUUCUGCUCUGCGUACACUUGCUAGGACGCCCUCUACUGUGUCCUCUUUGGUUACAGUGUCACACAUCUUUCUCUGAACAGAUUAAAGCAAAUGUGACUUACCAACUCGUUAGAAGGAAAUAUUUUGUGUUUGAAGUGUUCAUUACUGUUUUGCCUGAAUACUAUUAAAAUGGCGGAAGACUAUCUCACAUUAACCUAUUCGCGCGAUUAACAGUUCGUACGUUUUCGUUGACCCAAGUGUCGCAUUGUACGUUAAUGAGCUGAUUAACUAACCCUUACAGUGAUAAAGCACAUUUUAGUGGUCACAGUUAUUCGUCGAUAUCUACCCUGGUUGAGAUAUCUGAUUCCGAGUAAUAUACACACACAGAAGACCGCGAAUUGUGUUUGUGCGUGUGCAUUUCUCGAGUGAUGAACGAGGACCGCCGUUGAUCGGCUUUCUUCGCCCGGACGCGCCACAACUGCACCAUGCUCAACUGCUCGGAGGUGGAGUGCAUUCUGCACCACGACCACUACUACCACCAGCUGCACCAGCUGCAGCACCACCUGCAGGAUGGCCGCGAGCACCACGAACACGCUAUGUCUGGAGAACCCGAGGAUACGAAAGAGCAAACCCAAAGGAAUGACACAGAUAUAGGCCUCCAAGAUGUGCACCUCUCUGAUCCGAACGAGACUGUGUACAUGAUAUGUGGUGUGCUAAUUGCCAUGGUCCUGGUGGCACUCAUCAUCGUGCUGCUAGCUCUGACCAUCAGCAAACUGCGGAAGAGAGAUGACAACCAGAGCCCGCCGCCGCGGCAUCCCGUGGGCGUCGCAGCAGCAGCAGCGACGACGACGACGACGACAACGACGACGCAGAUAACAGCUGUGAAUCACCUCAACUGCCAAUCUGUCGCUACGGUGUCUGCCCAGGUGACAACUACCAUCCUGCCGCCACCCGAGGCCUGCCCUGGGAGCACAGCAACGACUACAGUCUACCCUCCGCAGUUUCUGUGGCAAUUUCCACCACCCUACUCGCUGUACAGCAACAACCAGGACCCGCUCGUACACACCCUCCCUGCUGGUCAACCCGGAAUCUGCAGAGGAUUUAGGAAAAACCUGAGAGGCAGAUGGAGACGCCUUGUGAAGAGGAAACCUGCCAAUGAAGUGUACACAAUACCUGCAGAACUUCGGGACCAGUUGAAACAAAUCUAUGUAUAUUAAUACUAUUAGAUAUAAAAUGGACUGCAAAUUGCAGGUUUCUGGCGCUUAGCUGUGUCUGCAUCUCAGUGUGAACGAAGCUUUUUUUUAGUCAUGUUCAAAUACUGUGCAAAUGUCAAACCAAAAAGACAGUUGAGUCUGUUGUACUACAUACCAAUAUGGCCUUUCAAACCAUGAUAUUAUGAAACUGUAAAUAUGUGAUAUGUUUGUAAAGUAUUAUUCUGCCCACUUUCCUGAACUGUGAACUGCAAUAUUCAGUUGGUGUGGCAGGAAAUCAUUGACUGUCAGCUCAUAUUGAGCUUGUUUAUCCUGAUUACAAUGGACUGCAGAAGGUGUUUACUUGUAAAUCAAGAUUGUCGCAUUUAUUGUCUGAAGUAUUUCAUAGCUGUUUAAUUCCAAAAUAUUUUCUAUUAAAUGCCUUGUUGCAUUUUAGAAAUUAAUGGCAAUGUCAGUUGUGAUUUCUCUCAGGGACAAUUGUACCUUUCUAAACUUUGUUGAAAGUGCUGCAAAUCCCUGAUAAGGAGAAUAGGAAUCCAUUCUUCCCAUGCCAACUGACCACUAAGUUAUUAUAGUCAAUAAACUGUAAAUAUUAAGGCUAAGUUAAAAUUUAAUUUAAAAUAGACAUGGUGACAGUGUCUGCCAAAAUGUGACCUAAAACUGUUUUGUGAUAAAGAAUGGCAAAUGUUAUCAAAUAGAUGGAACUUUUUCAGUAUUCUAUGGCAGUAUAUACACCAGUUUUAAAAUUUAGAUCUGUCCUACAUUGAACAUCAUUUGAAAUUUAUGAUCUGAGUCAUUCAUGUUAACCAUUCCAUCCAUCAAUGAGAAUAAAUAAAAUGUUAAUAUUGCA